GCAGUAGUUAGUGGAAUGCACUUGUUCGAAAUGCACUUACUUUUCCCGAUCCUGGAGCUCCUGGCCUUGGCCGGAACAGCCCUUAGCAGAGUACAGGAGGUGCACAACGUGUUGGAGUUGACUGGUCAGAAGGCCAGCAGGGAGUUCUCCACGGAUGUGGCCAACGGCAAGUACACCCCGCCGGAGGAGAUGGACCCGCAGUUCUGGUACAAGAUCGCCGACGAGGAGAUCGCCAAGCGACUAGCCCUUCCCCAGCUGAAUACUGACAAGGCCAAGAACGUCAUUAUGUUCCUCGGAGAUGGUAUGCCACUUGCCACCGUCACAGCCGCACGUAUCCUGAAAGGACAGCGUCAGGGAAAAACUGGAGAGGAGUCCUCAUUGAGCUUCGAGCGAUUUCCCUAUUCGGGUUUGAGCAGAACCUACUGCGCGAACGCCCAGGUGCCCGACUCCGCCUGCACUGCCACGGCUUAUCUCUGCGGCGUUAAAACCAACAUCAUUAACAUCGGAGUAAGUGCGGCCGUGAACUUCAACAACUGCACCGCCAGCCAGGAUCCGGCCAACCGCCUAACCUCCAUUGCGGAGUGGUCGCAGGACAGUGGCAAGUCCACGGGCUUCGUGACCACCACCACCCUGACCCACGCCAGUCCCUCGGGAGCCUAUGCCAAGACGGCCAACCGGAUGUGGCAGUGCGACACGGAUGUGACCAAGUACGGCGUGGACGCCAGCACCUGCAUCGACAUGGCCACCCAGCUGGUGACCCAGACGCCGGGAAAGAACUUCGAGGUCAUGUUCGGCGGCGGCAUGGGCAAGUUCCUGCCCAAGACCGUUAGGGAUAGCCACGGCAAAAUUGGGGAGCGAUCCGAUGGGGUGAAUCUGCUGGCCCGCUGGCAAGCACUCCACGCAAAAGGCGCCCUGGUCACCAAUCGCAAGCAGCUGCUCAGCCUGAACGUCUCGACUGCGACCAACAUAAUUGGUGCCUUCCAGUCGGGCUUGAUGGACUUCCACAUGGAUGCGGAUGCCAGCUACCAGCCCACCCUCUCCGAACUCACCGAGGUGGCCAUCAAGAAGCUGAGCCAGAACGAGAACGGAUACUUUGUGUUCAUUGAAGGUGGCCUUAUUGACUAUGGCAACCACUACACCCAAGCGGGCUACGCUUUGGAUGAGGCACUGGAGUUUGAAAAAGCUAUCGAGUUGGCACGUAACAUUACCGACAUUAAGGAUACUCUGAUUGUGGUGACCGCAGAUCACGGCCACGCUGUGAGUAUCGCUGGAUAUCCUGGCAGGGGCACUCCCAUUCUGGGCGUCAAUCAGCACGACACUGAUAUAAACGGAGUAAAGUACUCGGUGCUCAACUAUGCGGCGGGACCCAACCAGUAUCUGGAUGAGAAUGGCCAGCGCAUUCCGUUGGAUGAUAUCCUCGGACCCGAUGACGCCAUCAUGCCCAGCUACAUCGCCAAGGAAAUUGGAGUGCACUCCGGCGAGGAUGUGGGUGUUUGGGCGUCCGGUCCGCAGAGCCACCUCUUCACUGGAGUAAUGCAGCAGAGCACCAUCCCCCACUUGAUGGCCUACGCAUCAUGCGUUGGCAGCGGGAAGAAGGUGUGCGAUAACUAACUACCGCAAAUUUAAACCUGCACUAAUAGAUAUAUUAAUAUAUAAUUAUUAAUUUAUGCUAUUAUAUAUUUUGACUAUAUGUUAUAUAUAAUAACAUAAAAUAAUAAAGUGUUUGAUUAGAGUGGAACAUGUGUUUUUUAAAGACAUCGUCAAUCUUUUUUAAUAUUAAACAAGAAAAUAGUUUUGGUUUGUUUAUGAAAACGGUGCUAAUAUAUUUAAAGGCUAAUAAAGUAAUAAUUUAAGUGACUUGAAAAAUUCGGAUUAUAUGUACUGCUUUACAUAUAAAAUAACUAUAAAUUCAAUAGAAAUAUAAUAAACCAAUAAAUAUGCUAGUGUUUUUAAGCCAGCAAUUAUUCUGAAA